AUGGAUGUUGGUGAUGUUGAACAGAUGCGUCGAAUGAGGAAAAGUGGUAUUCCAACCUGCAAAAUAUAUGACUCAUUUAUUGAGAGAGAUAGAAGAGGACAGGAUGGGGAUGUUAAGGAGGCAGAAAAAUUCUUAAUAAGGUUGCGCUUAAAGGAUCUGAAGCUAUAUUGGGGUCACAAGGUUGAUUGUAAUGGGAGGUUGUUGCAUAUAUUCUGGUGUGAUGGUAUGAGUCAAAUUGAUUAUGACAUCUUUGGAGAUGUUGUUGCCUUUGAUGCUACUUAUGGGAGGAAUAAAUACAAAUGGCCUGUUGUUGUUUUUUCUGGUGUCAAUCAUCAUAAACAGACGUGUGUAUUUAGGUGUGUAGUUGUGUCUAAUGAAAAGGAAGAUACUUAUGUAUGGGUCCUUCAACAAUUUAUAACAGCAAUGAAGGGUAAGUGUCCGAAUUGUGUGAUUACUGAUGGUGAUAUAUCAAUGAGGAAUGCGAUCAGGAAAGUUUUCCCAUCUGCUCAUCAUCGAUUGUGUGGGUGA